AUGUUAUUGAUUAGUAUGAUGAUGUUGGGCGGAUUAAACAUUAAUAAGGAGAUACAAUACUUGAGUCACAUAGUUUAUUACCUGCUGAUAAGAAUAUUAGUAGAUUCUGGCUACUUUCAUGCUACACCUCAUGAGCCAUGGGUACAGCAUACAGUUUGGUUCCUUAAAUCGUUUAGAGAUGCGGAGGCUGGGUUUAACCAGUAUGAUCUGGCGCAAAAAUUUACUGGAAUGUUGAUUAAUCUAUAG